AAAAUCACAAACCCCUUCUUCAGCACUCAAGCCCAUCGUCUCACGGCAAAGCCCUUCUACUGAUCCUUCCCCUCCCUCCUCCACGGCUUCCACACCUACAUCCACCCCGACUCCCCCUCCACAUCCUCCUUCUAAGCCGCCAUAUGCCAUCCCGAUGCCCCUCCGAAACCCCAACCCCGCCGCCCCCUUUUCAAACCUCAUCUCCGCUCCGACGAUUUCAACGAAUCCAAGGCUUAGCUCCUCCGCCUCUGCCUCUCCGAGUCCGACCUCCCUUGUCUCGUCCGCUCCGCCUUCCUCUCCUCUACUGCCGCCCUCUCCAACCUCCCCUCCCCCCGAUCCCCUUCCUCAUUGCUGUCCUCGCCUUCUCCCACCUCCUCUUUGCCCUCCUCAAGCUCUCCUUCAAUCACUCCUCCUCAAAGCAAUAUGAGAAGCAACUGAGUCUUCUCUCCAGAUUCAUAGAUUGCAAGACUCGCGCUGGCGACGAUCACAGGCGGACUUUCUGUGCUGAUUUUCUGCCCUGCCUUGAGAUUCUCACGGGCAUUUUGGUUGGGGACAAAGCAGCUCCAGUGGACAUUCUCCGUCGUUUCCUGCCCGCCCCCAUCUAGUUCCUCUUGAUGUGUAAUAAAUUCAAAUGG